AUGAUCUCUGUCAGUCAAUAUGUCUUUCUUUAUCGACUUGGCCCAACUGUCAACCUCUGUUUCUCUCUAUCAGUCUCUCUCAGCCUUAAACUCUCUCUACAAUACAUAUACCGUUCUGUAACCUCACCAAUGUCUCUCUCUCUCCCUCCCUGCAUCUAUAUGUCGGUAUCUCUCUCUUUGUUAGUCAUCGUUCUCUCUCUCUCUCCAUCUAUAAUAUGUAAGCCAUCGUCUCUCUCUCUCUCUCUUUCCCCAUCUAUAAUAUCCAUCGUCUCUCUCUUUCUCUCUCCAUCUAUAAUAUCCAUCGGAUCUCUCUUUCUCUCUCCAUCUAUAAUAUCCAUCGGAUCUCUCUUUCUCUCUCCAUCUAUAAUAUGUAAGCCAUCGGAUCUCUCUUUCUCCAUCCAUAUAAUAUGUAAGCCAUCGGAUCUCUUUCUCUCUCCAUCUAUAAUAUGUAAGCCAUCGGAUCUCUCUUCUCUCUCCAUCUAUAAUAUCCCCUCGAUCUCUCUCUCUCUCUCCAUCUAUAAUAUCCAUCGUAUCUCUCUCUCUCUCUCCAUCUAUAAUAUCCAUCGUAUCUCUCUCUCUCUCUCCAUCUAUAAUAUAUGUCCAUCGUAUCUCUCUCUCUCUCUCUCCAUCUAUAAUAUAUUAGCCAUCAUCUCUCUCUCUCUCAUCUAUAAUAUGUUAGCCAUCCCAUCGUCUGUCUCUCUCUCUCUCUCCAUCUAUAAUAUGUUAGCCAUCGUCGUCUCUCUCUCCAUCUAUAAUAUGUUAGCCAUCCCAUCGUCUGUCUCUCUCUCUCUCUCCAUUUAUAAUAUCCAUCGUCUGUCUCUCUCUCUCUCCAUCUAUAAUAUGUUAGCCAUCGUCUGUCUCUCUCUCUCCAUCUAUAAUAUGUUAGCCAUCGUCUGUCUCUCUCUCUCUCCAUCUAUAAUAUCCAUCGUCUGUCUCUCUCUCUCUCCAUCCAUCUAUAAUAUCCAUCGUCUGUCUCUCUCUCUCUCCAUCUAUAAUAUAUUUAGCCAUCGUCUGUCUCUCUCUCUCUCCAUCUAUAAUAUGUUAGCCAUAGUCUCUGUCUCUCCCCACAUCUAUAAUAUGUUAGCCAUAGUCUGUCUCUCUCUCUCUCUCCCCCCAUCUAUAAUAUCCAUCGUCUGUCUCUGUCUCUCUCUCUCCAUCUAUAAUAUGUUAGCCAUCGUCUGUCUCUGUCUCUCUCUCUCCAUCUAUAAUAUCUAUCGUCUGUCUCUCUCUCUCUCCAUCUAUAAUAUUAUUAGCCAUCGUCUGUCUCUCUCUCUCUCCAUCUAUAAUAUCCAUCGUCUGUCUCUCUCUCUCUCCAUCUAUAAUAUGUUAGCCAUCGUCUGUCUCUCUCUCUCUCUCCAUCUAUAUUAUGUUAGCCAUAGUCUCUCUGUCUCUCCCCACAUCUAUAAUAUCCAUCGUCUGUCUCUCUCUCUCUCCAUCUAUAAUAUAUUAGCCAUCGUCUCUCUCUCUCUCUCCAUCUAUAAUAUGUUAGCCAUCGUCUCUCUCUCUCUCUCCAUCUAUAAUACGUUAGCCAUCGUCUCUCUCUCCAUCUAUAAUAUGUUAGCCAUCGUCUGUCUCUCUCUCUCCAUCUAUAAUAUGUUAGCCAUCCCAUCGUCUGUCUCUCUCUCUCUCUCCAUCUAUAAUAUGUUAGCCAUCGUCUGUCUCUGUCUCUCUCUCUCCAUCUAUAAUAUGUUAGCCAUCCCAUCGUCUCUCUCUCUCUCUCUCUCCAUCUAUAAUAUGUUAGCCAUCGUAUCUCUCUCUCUCUCCAUCUAUAAUAUGUUAGCCAUCGUCUCUCUCUCUCUCUCCAUCUAUAAUAUGUUAGCCAUCGUCUCCAUCGUCUGUCUCUCUCUCUCCAUCUAUAAUAUGUUAGCCAUCGUCUGUCUGUCUGUCUCUCUCUCCAUCUAUAAUAUGUUAGCCAUCGUCUGUCUGUCUGUCUCUCUCUCCAUCUAUAAUAUGUUAACCAUCGUCUGUCUGUCUCUCUCUCUCUCCAUCUAUAAUAUGUUAACCAUCGUCUGUCUGUCUCUCUCUCUCUCUCCAUCUAUAAUAUCCAUCGUAUAUUUCCCUCUCCAUCUAUGUUGGCCAUCGUGUCUCUCCAUCUAUAUGUUGGCCAUCGUGUCUCUCCAUCUAUAUGUUGGCCAUCGUGUCUCUCCAUCUAUAUGUUGGCCAUCGUGUCUCUCCAUCUAUAUGUUGGCAUCGUGUCUCUCCAUCUAUAUGUUGGCCAUCGUGUCUCUCCAUCUAUAUGUUGGCCAUCGUGUCUCUCCAUCUAUAUGUUGGCCAUCGUGUCUCUCCAUCUAUAUGUUGGCCAUCGUGUCUCUCCAUCUAUAUGUUGGCCAUCGUGUCUCUCCAUCUAUAUGUUGGCCAUCGUGUCUCUCCAUCUAUAUGUUGGCCAUCAUGGAAAGACAGUCUAUAUAUCAAUUCCUUUCUUUCUCUCUCCUUUUAAACGUCAAUCCCUUUCUCUCUCUCUCCAUCUAUACGUCAGUCCUUGCCUCUCUAUCUCCAUCUACAUGUCAGUCCCCGUCUAACUUCUUAUCUAUGCCAGUCUUCAUCUCUCUCUCUCUCUACAUUGAUAUACCUGUCUAG